UUAACAGGCUUGUAGUGGCAACUCGCAAGCAACAAGCUGAAAUUCGCUUGAAGAUUAUUUUCCAGGUCCGAAAGAUGUUGGGCAUGGGAUUGAUAAGAGUGUGCUUGCUGAUCAUCACAACUUUCAUCGGAUUAUUGAGUUUUGCGCACUCAAAUCCAGAUGGCUUCCUUAACAUCAACUGUGGCGCCAAUGAUAAUCAGACAGACAAGAACCAUCUCGACUGGAUAUCUGAUUCCCCUUUCAUUAAAGCUCGUAACUUUUCGAGUGUGCUUAAUUUACCAGAAACCCUCUACUUGCAAUACUUGACAUUGGCCUAUUUCCCAAACCUAGCAGUGAAGAAAUAUUGCUACCUGCUCCCUGUGAAACCCGAUAUAAAUUACUUAAUAAGAGCAACUUUCGCUCCUCAUUCCACAAUUCCUUGGGCAAGUUUCUUCGAUUUAUUUAUCGAGGGAAUCAUGUGGAGGAAUCUUAACCUAACUGGUCUAGACAAUGACCAUAACUUCUAUUACGAGAUCAUCUUGGCUGCCAAAAGCGACAGUCUGAGUUUAUGCCUUGCGCGCAAUUCUCAAACCGAACAAAACCAUUUUGUCUUCAUUUCAAGCAUUGAGCUGCGUGCACUCGAAUCUUCUAUGUAUGAUUCAACUGAUUUCCAAAAGCACGCCUUAAGUCUCGUAGGGCGCACAAAUUAUGGUACAUCUUCUUUGUUACAGUACCCAGACGAUCUAUUUGACCGUAAAUGGGCUUGGUCAAUAGCAGUUAACAGAGCAAUGAAUCUUACCGCUGAGGAAGAAGAGACAAAGUCUUUAGGAAGCGAGUUAGCGAACAAACCGCCGGUGAAUGUAUUAAGAACUGCUAUUGCAAAGGGAAUUGUGGACGAUAUGAGACUGCCAUACUCAUUUGUGCCAUUCUCAGAUGACCCAGCAGUUUACUAUUUUGCACUUUAUUUCUGCAAUCUCAACAAGACAGACCUCAUUCAGAGAUUUGUUGCCUACAUAAAUGGAAACCAAAUAUCAGAUUACAUAGAACUUAAUUUUCUGCAAUGUUGGCAAACAAACAAAGACUUAGAACUUGACAGUUCCGAUCCUAUAAAUAUAACUUUGAAGCACAGUCUUUUAUCACAGUUGGGUCCAUUCAUCAAUGGAGCUGAAAUGUACAAGAAAAUGGACGUAAAGACAACCACAUACUCCGGAGAUGUGGUUGCUAUCAGAAAAAUAGCAGAGGCAAUGAAUGUUCCAGAUGACUGGACAGGAGGAGAUCCAUGCUUACCAGCUAAUUAUUCUUCAACAGGGAUAACCUGCAGCCAAGACGAUCCUCCACGAGUCAUUAUCAUAAAUCUAACAAGCAUGCAUCUCGAAGGCACCAUACCUUCAAUUAUAGCGGACUUCACAGCACUAAUACAGUUGAUGCUAGGAAAUAAUAAGUUGUCCGGCCAUAUUCCAGACCUCAGUUCAUUGAAGAAUCUCACAAAACUGGAAUUGCAAAACAAUCAAUUUACCGGAGGAAUCCCAAGAUCAUUGGAGAAGCUUCAAAUGUUAAAACAACUAUUUCUUCAGGACAAUAAAUUUGAGGGAACAGUCUCAAAAGGAUUAGUGAGACCCAACUUGGACCUUCGCGUUGAUCCUCAAAAUGCAAUUUUGGAAGGCAGCCACAAAAUGAAAGGUUGGGUGAUUGGACUUUUAAUUGGGUGCUCGGUGGUCUUAGUUUUAGUCAUCGUUUCUGGAAUUUUCCUCUGGAGGCACAAACACCCAUCUCAACCAUUUCAAACCACAGACGUUUCUCCUACUACAUCAGAAAAACACAUAUUUGCAGAUGAAAAAAAUCAAAAUGAUUAUCACAGACUGGCUAUAGAAUACACAGAAGAAGAUAUUAAAAUUUCUACCAAUAAUUAUUCCACACCCAUUGGUAGGGGAAGCUUUGGAGCUGUAUUUUAUGGAAGACUUUCAGGAUAUGAGGUUGCGGUCAAAAUACAUAAGACUGAUUCUAAUCAAGGCAAGAAAGAAUUCCAGAAUGAGGUAGCUAUGCUGUCAAGAAUAUAUCACAAGAACCUUGUAAAUCUUAUUGGGUAUUGCAGACAACCCAUAAUGGCAUUGGUCUAUGAAUACAUGCCAUGUGGAACAUUGACUGAUCGUCUAUAUGGUAUAGCAAAAUUGGAAACACCACUUGAUUGGCUUACCAGAUUGAAUAUUGCUCGACAAGCCGCGGAUGGUUUGCUCUACCUUCAUCAGAGUUGCUAUCCUCCAAUCAUACACAGAGAUAUAAAAUGUAGUAAUAUACUGUUAGACAACAGAAUGUCUGCCAAGCUAGCUGACUUUGGCAUAUCAAAACUGGUAGAGAGCUCCAGCGGUUAUAUACCAACCGAAGUGAAAGGGACAAUGGGUUAUCUUGAUCCUGAAUACUUUGCAACGUCCUCGUUAAAUGAGAAGAGCGAUGUAUACAGUUUUGGAGUGGUUUUACUGGAGAUUAUUUCUGGAGUUCCACCCAAAGACGGAAUAGUACAAUCGGCACAUAAGCUGCUUUCAUGUGGCAAAAUAGAUGAGCUUAUGGAUCCUUCAUUGGGCGGUCGAUAUAACGUAGAAUCAGCUUGGAAAGUUGCAGAGAUAGCAUACAUGUGCGUGGAAAAGGAGUCAACGAAUAGACCCAAAAUGAGUGCGGUGGUGAAAGAAUUGGAAGAAGCUGUGACGCUUGCAUCUGGUGAUAACAAUUAUUCUGCUUUACAUACCGUAGCCUCUUUUAAUACUGGUGACAUGCCCAGCCUGAGGUAGAAAGAUCUUAUAAUGAUUUUUCUGUCCGUUUAUAAUUAGUUGGGUCGACAACUUUAGUCACAGAGGAUGGGCAUACAGGAGUUUUUGUAAUCACAGAAUUGUCUUAAAAGCUUUUAAACUUCUGUUUAUUUGAACCUGUCGAGAGUAUUUUUAAUAAUUAUUGAUCAGCUGACUGAUGUUUAGAGUUGGUUGAUAAGAGCAUGUGGCCCUUGGAAGAUACAUUUCUACAGUAUUUCUUACAUGUUAUUUAUAUGGGUACAGUUCAAAUCUGUU